CAACGCGAAGCAUUGUGGGACGGAGGUGGCCUUUCGCUACACAGAUUAGCAAAGAAGAGAGAGGCUGCCGUGUUGAGUAACAGCACUUACGAGCGCUUGGGAGUUGCAGUCGACUCAUUCAGCGAUAACUGGACAGGCACCACUGACACGAUACCCGCGACCGCAGAAGAGGGAGACAUGGCCCAGAACAACAUAAUGAGUACCGCCGAGGACGUGGCGGAUCAGUUUCUACGCGUGACGAAGCAGUACCUGCCCCACCUGGCGCGCCUGUGUCUGAUCAGCACCUUCCUGGAGGACGGGAUCCGCAUGUGGUUCCAAUGGAACGAGCAGAGGGACUACAUCGAGGGCACCUGGGGCUGCGGCUACUUCCUGGCCACCUGCUUCGUGCUGCUCAACCUGUUUGGACAGAUAGGCGGCUGUGUCCUCAUCCUCAGCAGGAACUUUGUCCAGUAUGCGUGCUUUGGGCUGUUCGGAAUCAUAGCUUUACAGACGAUCGCCUACAGCAUUCUGUGGGAUCUUAAAUUUUUGAUGAGGAACCUGGCCCUGGGCGGGGGCCUCCUGCUGCUGCUGGCGGAGUCGCGCUCCGAGGGAAAGAGCAUGUUCGCGGGGGUGCCCUCCAUGGGCGAGAGCUCCCCGAAACAGUACAUGCAGCUGGGGGGGCGCGUCCUUCUGGUGCUCAUGUUCAUGACCCUGCUGCACUUCGACCCCAGCUUCUUCUCCAUUCUGCAGAACAUGGUGGGCACAGCCCUGAUCAUCCUGGUUGCCAUCGGUUUCAAGACCAAGCUGGCCGCCCUCACCCUGGUGGUGUGGCUCUUCGCCAUCAACGUCUACUUCAACGCCUUCUGGACGGUGCCCGCCUACAAGCCCAUGCACGACUUCCUCAAGUACGACUUCUUCCAGACCCUAUCGGUCAUCGGGGGGCUCCUGCUGGUGGUGGCGCUGGGGCCGGGGGGCGUGUCCAUGGACGAGAAGAAAAAAGAGUGGUGAGCUCGGCCCCCUGCCCCGCCCACUCUGACCGCGCCCCCGGACAUGAGGACCCCAGCAGCCCCUGUGCCAGCGCCAUCCAGCCGCCAUCGUCACCAACCUUAUCUUUUUCUCUCCCUCUUUCACUCUAUUCUUUUGCUCUCUUUUCUUCACUUGCACUUUUUUUUUUUGUCUUCUUUGUCUUUACUAGCUAAACACAUGGUCAUUGCAGUGUAUGUAUGUAUGUAUGUAAUUGUGUGUGUGUGUGUGUGUGUGUGUGUGUGUGUGUAUGUAUAUAUAUAUAUAUAUAUAUAUAUAUAUACAUAUACAUGUGUGUGUGUGUGUGUAUAAAUGUGCAGUAAAAUGAACCCUUUUCUCUGACAUCCUGUAAAAUGAGACAAAAUGAGACUGGAGUCAAGCUUUGCGGUCAGGAGGAAUCUUAACUCUAGACAUUAUGAAAACUGAGUUGGAGACCUGUUUUUUUAUGUUUUUAUGAAUUUUCUUUUCAAGGUUUUCAUGGUGUACAUCCCCAUGUGCCAAUUUACAUGACGCUCCCCUGAAUAAGACGCUGUGCACUUAGACCGCGUUUAGAAAGCACCCCGUGCCCCAGACAGACUGUCGUCUGAUUCUUUCGGUGUUACUGUAGGGAGUGUCGGUGUGUGAACAGGUUUGUAUUUAUGGUCGUCUCAGUUGGAAGUGUGUGACCCUUUUAAAGAAGGAAAAAAGAAAUAAAGUUUCUUGCUGUGUUUUGGAAGAGGGGAAAGGGAAAAGAUUUUAACGGUUUAGGCCGUUGGCAGAGGGUGCAGCUAGGCCUCGUUCGGCCUACGGACCUGCGCCUCAACCUCCUGCAAGCGUGUGUUUCUUGUGCUGCUGUCUAUAUAGAUGUUGGGUCUUCAGGAUCUGAACACCGUUUUCCCCACACACACCUGUCUUCGCCCCCCCCGCAUUGCUCACCACUCGUAAUAUGCACAGGUGACACAGAGACCUCUUAAUGAUCAGUGAGGGGAGGCUGUGUGUUUAAAAGGGGAGCUAUGUGCAUAGCCUAUUUAUUUUUAAAGUGGGGGGGGGAUUAUUAAAGCAUCCUUGAUGGCCUUUCAAAAGCAAUUUUACAUUGUAUUUUUCAGAUAUUUAAUAGGAUUUAGGUGUUUUUUUGUUUUGUUUUUUUUUGCCAAAAAUGCCAUGGCAAGCCGGCCCUGGGCACAGGUGUGUGCCGGCCUUCACCUGCAGUGCCAGGCCAGAUGAGGGACGCCUCAAGGUUGAGGGGCGUUCUUCAGCAGCACGUGGAACAAGGGAGAUAGUCAGCAUAAUGUGUCCUGUAAUUUAUCACACAGUGUUUUUGUUUUUUCCUCAAGGUUGAGUCAAGA